AUGACCUCAAUAACCCAAGCCGUGAUGGCAACUCCUGGAGCCUCAGACCCCGUGGCCCCUGGAUCUGCUCCUGGUGAAGCAGAGACUCGUACACCCUCAACUAAACCGAAACGAAGCAAGUAUCGCCAUGUCGCGGCAUACCACUCUCGGAAUCUCUCGAGCCGAGACUCGACCGAGACGGCGAGCUUCCUUGGCUUUAGAAAUCUCAUGGUACUUGUAUUGAUGCUCAUAUGCAUAAAGUGUCAUGACUAUCGAAAGCAGGAUAUCGUUCUCGGAUCAAUUCUCUAUGCCCUGGUCCCGUGCCACCUGUUCACGGCCUACAUCAUUGAGCUAUCGGCUGCGUCCUCAGCUAAGAAUGCUGUCGGCUUACAGAAGAAAACUGCCGAGGAGAAAGAGCGUGAUCAGCAGGCCUUCCGAUCUACCUGGCCGUAUACAGCCUUCCUGCAUACGGUCAAUGCUACACUGUGUCUGGCAGUCACCAGCUUUGUGGUGUACUUCUACAUUCACCACCCGGGAAUAGGGACAAUCUGCGAGCUCCAUGCAAUCAUUGUGUGGCUCAAGAUCUGUUCUUAUGCGUUCACUAAUCGAGAUCUUCGUCUGGCGUUCUUGAACCCCUCUGCCGAGUCUGGUCUCCCUGAGAUCUACUCCGCCUGCCCUUAUCCAAGAAAUAUAACGAUCAGGAACCUAACAUAUUUUUGGCUAGCUCCAACCCUGGUCUAUCAGCCUGUCUAUCCACGCACUGCUUCGAUCCGCUGGUCUUUUGUUGCCAAGCGACUCGCAGAAUUUGUGGGUCUUUCAAUGAUCAUCUGGGUGCUCUCUGCCCAGUACGCGGCUCCUGUACUACGCAACUCAAUUGAUAAGAUCGCCGUCAUGGAUAUUACCUCUAUCUUGGAGCGUGUCAUGAAACUUUCCACCAUUUCCCUGGUCAUCUGGCUUGCAGGGUUUUUCGCUCUCUUCCAGGCUUUGCUGAAUGCAUUGGCCGAGGUUAUGCAGUUUGGAGACCGAGAGUUCUACACCGAUUGGUGGAAUAGUUCCAGCUUAGGAGUAUACUGGAGGUCUUGGAACCGGCCCGUGUAUCUAUUCAUGAAGCGCCAUGUCUUUUCCCCUCUGGUGGGCCGGGGAUGGAGUCCCCUCGCAGCGAGUGGGGUGGUCUUCGCCCUCUCUGCCGUCCUACACGAAAUGCUCGUGGGCAUUCCAACACAUAAUUUCAUUGGUGUUGCCUUCUUUGGGAUGAUGUUCCAAUUGCCAUUGAUUACACUGACCACGCCCUUGGAGAAGAUGUCUGAUCCCCUGGGAAAGACGAUUGGAAACUGCAUUUUCUGGGUCAGCUUUUGUUUGGUCGGCCAGCCUCUUGGGGCACUAUUGUACUUCUUCGCAUGGCAGGCCAAUGCUCCUCUCGCCAUCGCAGUGGGUGUGAUCCCCCUACUUGCCAUCACUCACUCGGGUGUGACAGGAAGUCUGCGCAAGCCAGCUGGCUGCCCCUAUCCCCAUGCCUAUGCAACCGUCGAGCAGACCAAGUCCAACCCCAAAGCCCACCAAUUCAACUGCGCUCAACGCGCCCAUGCGAACUUCCUUGAACAUGCGCCCCAGACUACACUCUCCAUCCUGGUCGCUGGCCUCAAGUACCCGGAGAUCGCGGCUGCCCUAGGCGCCGUCUGGGUGGUUUCCCGUGCCCUUUACCUCUACGGAUAUGUCUACUCCGACAAGCCUGAGGGCCGUGGCCGCUACAAUGGCACGCUCUACCUGCCUGCCCAGGGUGCUUUGUGGGCUCUGAGUGUCUUUGGCGUUGCUCGUGACCUGAUCAAAUGGUGA